GCACUUGCAGCAGUAAUGAGAAACGAGCUGUUGCGGGACACAGAUUGCGAUUCAGCCGAGUAGCGAGGGCCCCUACGGUAGGGGGAACAGAGAGCGAUUGUUUGGAGAAGCGAGGGAGGGAAAGGACUGAGUAUCUUCUGCACGUGGCUUCGGUGGAAUGUUCGGGCGAGUAGCGACAUGGGGAAGGCAGGGUAUCUCGUCCCUCGGUGGAUGUACUCGUCGAUGGCUGUCGGGCGGCGGUGGGUCGCUGACGGAAGUUAGCACGGCAGGUGUCCCUGGUCACUCUCCUCUGCAGAAGAUACCCACGCCUGGCCAAAGUGUGGGUUCUGAGACGGCCGACCGCCGACGUGAAGCAAUUGCUGUGCUGUCAAAAAUACCGCAGAGCAUAGAGAAAGUCAAUCUGGUUGCGGCGUUUGUGCGAGGCAUGAGAGUUGACGAUGCCUUGAUGCAGUGCGUUGUGUCGACGAAGCGGGCCGCGAAAGAUGUUGCAAAGGCACGUAGCGUGCUGGUGUUCUGCGUUUUCACUGAAGCGUAUGUCGGGAAAGACAAGUACUUGCGCAGGAUAAAUGUGCACGGGAAGGGGAAGUCCGGCGUGAAACAUCGACCGCGCACAAAGCUGACUGUGAAGGUGAGGGAGUUGUCGCCGAAGGAGGAGGCGACCUUAGCGAGAUCGCGGUUGGCGCAGCCGCGUCAGGAAACUCGAGCAGCCAGGUUCAUUCGGAACCGGCUACAACCGGCGAGAAUUGUGGAGGUAGAUCCGUCGGGAAGAGAGAGGACAGCAGAUGCAGCGAAGCCAAGAAGACCAGCUGCACCGGCGCGGGAAGAAGAAAAGCCAGAGAAACGACACAGGCUGUUGAGACCGUUCUUUUUGUAGAAACUUUUUUAGUUUUCUUUUUUUUUUCCAACCUCCUUUUAACUGUCGUUAUGCAAUUGUACGAGGAGCAAAUCCCCAUCGAAUCUAUCCAUCGAAGCGAGCAGAAGAAUUCUUUGCAUGCGAACGUUCUUCUUCUUCUUCUUCUUCUUCUUUUUUGUUGUUCUUCUUCUUUUUUGUUGUUCUUCUUCUUUUCUCCUGUGUGUGUGUUUCCAAUUCCACCCACCAUCAGUGUUGUUGUUGUUGUUGUUUUUCUCACUUCGGUGGGAGGAAGCACUUGAGAGGGGGUGAUAAGAGCCAGCCCUCUCCCGUGGACCCCUGGGUGAAGGCUCCAUCUAUUGGUGGGAAGCUGCACCUGCUGGGGAAGGAACCGGGCCCAGCGUCGCAGAUAUUAUAAAUUUAUAAUACAAUGCUGCUCCAGCUGGAAACCGGGUCCCGCGUACCAUACAUUACAAUGCAAAGGUAGGUAGGCUUAGUAAUUUGGGUCCUGGCCUGCCCCGGGUGAGGGCUCCAUCUAUCGGUGGGGAGCUGCACCUGCCUGGGAAGGAACUGGGCCCAGCGUCCCAGAUAUUAUAAUACGAUGCUGCUCCAGCUGGAAACCCCGUCCAGCGUCCCAUACAUUA